GUCAAUCGCUCGCGCGGUGUUACGACCUGGCCGGUACGGACGCGCGAGGCCAUGUUUCUGUGCAGAGUGGCCGGGCAAAGGUGUGCGCCUCUGGCUGCAAAGUCCCUUACACGCCUUGAAAACCUCCGCAGAGGUGUAGUUCCUUGGAGACUUAUGUCGUCAGUUCCUGGUGGCUCAGGCAAGAACUGGGUUUAUGCAAUCCUGUGUGGUGGAGCGUUCACUGGCGCCAUGGCUUACACCUAUAGCACGGUGUCUUCAGACAGUGCCCGCUUUGCUGACAGGAUCAGCGAGAUCCAGACAAGGCCUAAGAGCGAGUGGCAGCCGAAACCCUGGCGGCCCAAAAGAGGUGACGAGGCACAGGUGGUAGAGGCUGCAGCCAGGGCUGUCGGAGAGGAGGCCGGGCUUGUUGAACUAGCUGCAGAAGAUGCUAUAGAGGAGGUAGAGACUCCAGUGGAGGUGGUUGCUGAAGCCAUUACUGAGGCAGCAGAGGUGGUUGCCGAGGUGGCUACAGUCGUUGAGGAAGUAGCCGAAGAGGUGGCAGCAGUGGCUCAGGAAGUGGAGGGGAUAGCGGAGAAAGUGGAAAUGGCGGCAGAGGCUUUCGAAGCUCCCAAGCUCCUUGCUGAGGAGACCAUUGUUGUGGAGGAAGUAGACACUGCUGCUCUGGAGGAGCCUACAGGCAAGAGCAGUGGUACACCUGCAGCCUCACCUGUGAAGGCGGAGUCAGCAGAGGCUAAUGCAGAGUGCUAAAGUAGCCAGUCGGGCAGACACAUGCAUGUGCAUGUUCACGUGCACGCACACACACAUACAUACAUGUACAUGUUCACGUGCACGCACACACA